AUGUUGGAGGAGAUGAGGACUGGUCAUGUUGGUGGCCAGCAUCCUCUGCCACCACCUCCACCGCCACCACCACCACCAUCGCCUCCACCUAGUCACCAGGAUGGGCAUGGAGGAGGCGAGGUGCACAUUCCUGAGGACGAUAGUCAGAGCCUCAUGGAGGGUGUUAGUCACCUCACAAGGAUGAUGCAACCCUUCUAUGAGCUAAAGGAAGAUCAAGAAACUAGAGACCGUCGGCUGAAUGCUUUCCAGGAUGUAUGUGUGGUCAGCAAGGCUAAAAAGGCCAAAUUAUCUGAGGUGAAGGGAGUUAGUAGAUCCACUUCCUGGAGAGAUAAGAAGUUUGGAGGAAAGGGUAAAGGGAAGCAGUUCUCUGCUAGGCAGGCGUCGAACAAGUUCAAGAGGACUUUGAUGCAGGGGAGUGCAGCUAGACCUUCCACUACUCCUAGGUGUACUGGACGUGGGAGAUCACAUGUUGGGCCGUGUGCCACCGGUCAGAUCAUUUGUUUCCAUUGUGGCAAGGAGGGCCACUAUGCCAGAGAUUGUCCUUCGUUAGCUGCUAGAGCUACAGCAGUUCAGGCGAUUCCUCUUCAGAUGAUUCCUUCUCCACCUACAGCGGCACCUGUUGUGCCACCAGCCAUGGGCCGAGUGUAUACCUUGGAUCGCCAGCAGUUGGACCGAGCUUCGAACCUUGUGAGAGGUACCGUUUCUAUUGGUAGUCGUGCUGUAGAUGUAUUAUUUGACUCUGGGGCUACGCAUUCUUUCAUCACGACCCUGAUUGCUUGA